ACUCUAAACCCUAAGAUUUGGAUUAAUUAACUCAAUGAGUAUAAGUGUAUAUUUACCUUUUUAAUGAAACCUAUUUUUGUGAUUUUGAGCCUUGAGUGAUACUUUGGGAACAAAAACUUGGUUUGGUGCUAUCCUAGUCUUUUUCUCUUUUUAUUUUUGUUAAAUUUGUAUUUGAUAUUUUUUUGUCUUAGAAAUCUUAUUAAAACUACUCGGACAUGCUGAAUAAUUAUUUAAACUGUUGAAUACUUAUUUAAACUUAUUUAAAUAUUUAUUGAAAAAAAUUAAAACAUUACAUGGAUUGUUUGUUAUUGAAUAUAUUCAAUAUGUUAAAAGCCAAGAAAAUGGAAUCCAUAAUAACAUGUAUUGUUUUUUAUUGGUUGUUGAUAUUAGUUGGAUUUUUCAUAUUCACCUUUUUAUUAUGUUUUUUAUUUCACAUCAAAUUAUUAUUUAUUUUAAUAUAUUGUAUCAAAAUUUAUAGUUUUUUGCGGUUAAGUUUAUAAGAUUUGGACAUAUACAAAAAAUAUUUUAUCAUAAGUUGUAAAUAUUUUUCAAUCAUUAUAUUUUUACUAAAUAUUCCAUAAAAUUUCAACUUUCUGAUCAAUUCAUAGGUUUUGAAUGGUAAUUAAUCGCUUUAUACUGUACCAAUGUGAAUAAUAACAAAUCUUUUUACGUAUAUCUAUGUAUCUAUAUGUUUUAGUUACUAUUUAAACUGCAGUGCAGUUAUUUCAUAAUUGUUCUACAGGUUACCAUUCGAACCCAUAAACAUAGAUACAAAUAAUUCUCAAUGGAUAUAAAUACGAUACUUAAAAUAAAUCUCCUCAAAAUUUUUUUGUCAAAGAAAAUCUCCGCAACGCAUAAUUUAUCUAAAUUAAAUAUCUAUUGAUAUUUAUAGUCAAAACUUAUAAACAAAUGUGUCAAAGUAACUAAAAAUCUGUAAAGAAAAACCUGUAGGAGAGGUAAAAAGAAGUUUAUAAUGGUUCUGAUCUGGUACACUGGCAAGUAUUAUUGAGUUUAUGAACCUCUAUUAUUCAAACGCGUAUUAAAAUGUAAAACUCGUUAUUUUAAUAUAUAACGUCCAUGUCAGCUUAUUAGAGAUUCUUGCUUACGUAAUGCCCAUGCUAAAAGUAAAGUAGAGAGUAGAAGUCAAGGGGAGAAGAACCUAGUGAUUGUGGAGGAAGACUACGCCACACACGCACACGGAUUGAUUUUUCUUUUGUUUACUAAAUCCACAAAACAAAACCCAGAAAAUUCAAACCUUCCAAAAGCAGCAACUUGCCUCUCUCAUUUGUCAGCUCCUUUUAUAAAUAAAAAAAAAGUCUCCUCUUUUUAUUCUUUACAGCAUUUCACAAAAUCCCUUAAUUCACCGAACCCUCCCCAUAUUCUCUGACCCUCUCUAAAGUCUUUUAUUAAUAGCCUCAAAGAUUUACUCUUUAAAGUUUAAAGUAUCAUAAGCUACUAGUAGUUUUAUACAUAUUCAAAGAUCAGACCAAACCCACUUCUUGUUUUGUUUUAGGACAAAGAAGUCUUGAUCUUUUUCAUCUUCUUUCAUAAAAAUACUUCCGUUCAAAGAUCAGGCCAAACCCACUUCUGGGUCGUCGUGGUUUGCUUUAAAGCUGCAUUGGUCAACUAUAAACUUCGAAAAGCUAGUUGCUUUAGCUUGCAUUCAAGUCAUGGACGUCGGAGAAAGAAAUAACUGGAAAAACGUCAACUUCAACCGUCCGCCGGCAAAGGUGUUGGAGAACAGCAAGCAUGAGUUACGUCGGACGCAGAAAAGGUUGAUGACUCCGGCGAGUUACUUCAGUUUAGAGUCUCUGGUUCUGAUGGUGGGUCUAACGGCGUCUAUGUUGAUCCUUCCGUUAGUUUUGCCGCCGUUACCUCCUCCUCCGUUUAUGCUUCUUUUGAUUCCGAUUGGUAUUAUGGUCUUACUAGUCGUUCUUGCCUUCAUGCCUUCUUCUUCUAAGGCCAAAGAUGUAACUUGCACUUUUAUGUAGUCCCUUAUUAUUGUAUUUUAUUUUAUUACAUUUUAAAUUUUAAUACACAACCAGUCAACUUUGUUUCUGAUGAAACAUGAAGAAACACCAAGAUUACUGACAAGUCAUAACAGAAGAGAUUAAGGAGACUAAUCAAGAUUAGUGACAACUGACAAGUCAUAAUAAAAGCAAGACUAAUAACCAGCUCUUUAGGCAGAGGUUAAUUAUCCCAGGAAAAAUCUUUAGAUAAUGUUAAGGCGGUCUCAUUGAGUCUAACUAUAACCUUGUUGGAACGUUGGUGUUAGUCUCAGUGUUGAGCAAGUACCGUACCAUACUGAAAGAACGUCAAAAGUAACAAAAACAUGUAUAUUUUAGACUCGAUUUGAGACUCAGAAUGCCAUAACAUCAUAUUAAUACGAUCUCAUGAUACAAACGUAAGUUUAGAAAUUACAUCAAGUUAUCAAGCCUAUGGACCAACAAGACCUUGUAUCUGAAUUGCGUAAGAAGUAUCACACUUACCAAGAUAACGCCUAGCUAGCCCAGAUGAUGUGGUACAAUAUACCUCACUCUUUCCGGUCAAGUAUAAUGUAACUGAACUAAUGUUGUGCGAUAUUCUUGAAUGAAUAAUAUCAUAGGAGCUAGGACGCAAAGAGUAUGUCCCUGGAGCUUUUGUUAUUAAUCGAAUAAUUUAAACCUGUUAAAUCAAAACAGGAAUACAACGUUCUUAAAAGGAUCUCACUCGCUAGAUAGUACUCUACGUCAGCAUCAGUAUCCCUUGGAUCUAACAUUUGUAUCACACUACUUAAACAGAAGCUAGAUACAUUAGUUCUCUUCGUCAGCAUCAGUUUCCCUUUCACCACGCUUCACAUCUUGUGAGCUCCCCGCCGGAUCAACUAGCUGUCGAUAGCGAAACCACCAGCACAUAUCUUUGAUCAAUACCAAGGCCAGGGUCGGCUGAGCCAUAGGGGCAAGGGGGGCGUCGGCCCAGAGCCCAAUUUUUUUUUUGCAUAAUUAGUGUUAAAAUGGGAUUUGAUUUAAAAAAAAAACAUUAAAAAGGGGUUCAAAAUUUUUAAGUUCUCCCAUAGAGUAUAUGUAAAAAUUUUUUUGAAAAACUAUUUUUCAGGAAAAGAAAAAUAUUUCUCUAGGCAGUCAUCAGGCACUACUAAGAAGACAUUGUAAUCUCUUAAACACAUAGACUCAAGAAGAGUGACGAAGUCCGACUCUUCUUCGUCUGGUAUAGCUUUUGAAAUCACCAUCAAUUUUUUCUCUCCUCCUGCGCAUUUAUGCCACACCGCCCAGGUAAUCAUGUCUUGUAACAUAUUAUUAAGCCUCAUACGUUUCUCACCUAAAGUUGAGAUAUCCAUUCCGGCUGCGCCAUAAUAAUCAAAGGUAUCUUAUGACGCCACCAGAAAAAAGCACUCUGCGUAGAGAACGUUCGACUCCCUCCUUAAAUGAAAUUAAAUCCUCAAAAGAAGAGUUCGAAGUCCUUGGCGUCCCAGAAGACUCAUGUUGUAGCAUCUGCGCGAGGUUCCUUUAGUGAACAUAAACAGCUAAGAUGCGCAAAAGGAAAACAAGCAGAUCUAAUAGUGACUGCAGGUAAUACACAAAGCUACAGAUCUUACGGAUUCUAUUAUCGGACAUGGUUUCGACGGAGAUCGAUGGAAAUAUUAGACUCUGAGAGAGGGAGUCUUUUAUAACAGAUUUUUAGUAAUUUUUUUUUUGAAACGUUUGUUUUUAAGCUUUAACUUAAGACAUAUGUUUUUUUUAACUAAAAUAAUUUUGCUUUAACUAUUGUACCCAUAACUAUUUUUUGUCCAUGUGUCUAAAUGGUAACCAAAAGAAACCAGGGUAAAUACUAAAUAGUGUAUUCUUUUCCAUUCUUUAAAUUUGACUCAAUUUAUAAGAAAUAUUUUUUCUCGGAUAUUCCUUCUCAUUCUUUUUAAUUUAGAGAAUUAUAGAACAUAAACAUUCCUAUAUUUGGUUCAUCUUUAAUCAUUUCUUCUUUGUUUAUAUUAAUCUUUUAACGGUCAUCGAUUAAAACUUGAAACCUAUAUUUAUGAAUUAAUAUAUUAGGACCCAUGGUGUUGUUCUUCUCUAAGACAUUAGGAGUACUUCAUAUAGUGAAUGCAUUUGUAAUAGUGAGAAAUGUUGGGCCAUGCUAUAUGGAAGGAACGCAAUGGCAGAAAGUUUGGGGAAGAUCACAAGCCUGCAUCGGGGCUAAUAAAACUCAUUGAUAAAGAGAUUCGAAACUCCAUUUCCAACAUGGAUCAUCGACACAACUCGGCUUACCAAGGGGUCAUGGGAACAUGGUUUUCUUUUAGAUAAUUAAUCUCUGUAAUGUAAAGCUUUGUUUUUCGUUUCAGACUCAAACAAGCCAUUUCGGUUGUAAAUAUUUUUUUUGUUGAAUUAAUUUAAUAUUCUUU